GAGCUGCCGGAAGUAGGCGGCAGAGGUGGUGGCAGGGCUGGCAGCAGCUGCCAGGGAAACCGAGGCGCGGGACGCUGGGCUCACAGACAGGCAGGCCUGGGAGUCGUCUCUGCGCCCGGCACGCAGGAGGCCUGAGCGCCCCCCUUGCCUGGGCUGAGGGUCCCUGCCUGGUCCGGCAGCGUCGUCGGGACCCGGGUCUUUCCCUAAGCCCGCCAGGGGGCGCCGCGCUGAGGGGCUGCAGAGUGGGGGGCGGGCGCGGCUGACCCGAGAAGGGGUGCCGGGCCGGGCGGUGGGAGAGGGCUCUUCCCCGCUCAGGAGGUGCCCCUGGGCGGGGGACCAGGAGUCCUCACCUCUGGACUGAGGCAGGGGUUUCUGGGGGCGAGGAGGGUGCGUCGCCCUCUGCCCCCGCCGGCACCCUGGCCAUGACGGGCAAAUCGGUGAAGGACGUGGAUCGGUACCAGGCGGUCCUAGCCAACCUGCUGCUGGAGGAGGAUAACAAGUUUUGUGCGGACUGCCAGUCUAAAGUUAUACUUCUGUUUGAGCAAGUGGCCAGUUUAAGUAGAUACUAACUUUGAAGAAGUUCUGUGUUGGCCCCUGGAGUGUGACAGUUCAGCAUACCACAUUGAAAAGGACCACGAUGGGCCUCCUGGAACAUUGGUGUGUUCAUCUGCAUUCGAUGUGCUGGAAUCCACAGGAAUCUCGGGGUGCACAUAUCCAGGGUAAAAUCAGUUAACCUCGACCAGUGGACUCAGGAACAGAUCCAGUGCAUGCAAGAGAUGGGGAAUGGAAAGGCAAACCGACUUUAUGAAGCCUACCUGCCUGAGACCUUUCGGCGACCUCAAAUAGACCCAGCUGUCGAGGGAUUUAUUCGAGAUAAAUAUGAGAAGAAGAAAUACAUGGACCGAAGUCUGGACAUCAAUGCCUUUAGGAAAGAAAAAGAUGACAAGUGGAAAAGAGGGAGCGAACCAGCUCCGGAGAAAAAAAUGGAACCUGUUGUUUUUGAGAAAGUUAAAAUGCCACAGAAAAAAGAAGAUCUACAGCUACCUCGGAAAUGUUCCCCGAAAUCCACAGCACCUGUCAUGGAUUUGUUGGGCCUUGAUGCUCCUGUGUCCUGCUCCAUUGCAAAUAGUAAGACCAGUAAUACCCUAGAGAAGGAUUUAGAUCUUUUGGCCUCUGUUCCAUCUCCCUCUUCUUCGGUUUCCAGAAAGGUUGUAGGUUCCAUGCCAACCGCGGGGAGUGUUCCCGAAAACCUAAACCUGUUUCCAGAGCCAGGGAGCAAAUCAGAAGAAACAGGCAAGAAGCAGCUCUCUAAAGACUCCAUCCUUUCACUGUAUGGAUCCCAGACGCCUCAGAUGCCUGCCCAAGCAAUGUUCAUGGCUCCUGCUCAGAUGGCAUAUCCCACAGCCUACCCCAGCUUCCCUGGGGUUACACCUCCUAACAGCCUAAUGGGGAGCAUGAUGCCCCCACCAGUAGGCAUGGUAGCUCAGCCAGGAGCUUCUGGUAUGGUUGCCCCCAUGGCCAUGCCUGCAGGCUAUAUGGGUGGCAUGCAGGCAUCCAUGAUGGGUGUGCCAAACGGAAUGAUGACCACCCAGCAGGCUGGCUACAUGGCAGGCAUGGCAGCUAUGCCCCAGACUAUGUAUGGGGUUCAGCCAGCUCAGCAGCUGCAGUGGAACCUUACUCAGAUGACCCAGCAGAUGGCUGGGAUGAACUUCUGUGGCGCCAACGGCAUGCUGAGCUAUGGACAGUCCAUGAACGGCGGGAACGGACAGGCAGCAAAUCAGACUCUCAGCCCUCAGAUGUGGAAAUAAACACAACGCACCUGGAUGACUACCACUCUCCUCAGCCGCCUCUCUCCCCGUGUUUCCUCUUUCCCCAGCUGCUCCCCCACCCCCAUCCCCUUUCCUACCUCUCUCUGUUUGGUUUAGAAACUGCUCAAUCCGUCACUUGGGACUUGGCAUUCUGCCCAGCCCAGCCACAUCCCAAACACGCGGACCUCUCUGUUGUUUUCUGUCGUGCCUGUCCCCUAGCUCUCCUGACUCCCUCCCCAGCCUCAGCCCUGGUCCUCUCCUGGUACCAGCACCUUAGCAACUGUUGGCAGAAGGCACUUAGACUGCAGGAUCAAUGUGCACACGUUUGAGCACCUUUCCCACCAGGUGAAACCUCCUAUCAGACUCAGAAAGGUCUGAUAAGCUAUUUCCAUAUGUUUAAAUUUGAGGUGAAAACAGAGGCAUCAUGCUCCCCUGACUUACGGGAAUGAAGAAAGUAAUGAAAUCAAAUUAAAUAUUCCUUGAGUCUUAGAGCAGGUUGGCCCUAGCCCUGGCAUGAGGCAAACGCCCUCCUACGAGGACGAGCAAAAAUAUGACUCUACUUUGCCCUGAAUUGCUUUCUGGAUCUGAGGCUUCAGGACUUGCUGCUUCGGCCAGCCUUUAUUAACACCAAAGACUCUACGAAGGUUCCCCACAAAAACACACACCCAUUUCCCUGCCUCCAUCCUGCCUUCAGUAGGAUCUGACUUUGUGGCUGGAGGACCAACCCCUCCCGUGGGAAUGCAGAGCUUAACAUGUGUACUGCUUGUGUGUGUGUGUGUGUGUGUGUGUGUGUAUUCCACCUCCCACUCCCUCCCCAUCUGCUCUGGGUAUUUUUGGUUUUGUUUUUUUAGUUUUAGGUUUGCAACAGAGAGGAGUUAAUUUAUCAACAGCCUAAAACUGUUGCCAGUUUUUCUUUAGUUAAAAAAAGGUACAAUCUCAUUGGUAGCUCCCGUCCUCCUUUCCCCUCUCCGCCCUGCCAGUUGCUCUCUCCUGCCGGUGUGUCCAGGCUGCUCUGUGUCCCCACCUGUCCAGGUGUAUGAGGCAGAGUGCCUGGGCAGCUUUCCUCUUAGUCAUCGUUCACCCUACUUGAAAAUUAAAACAAGAAAACUUUGCUUAAAAGAUUUCAUCUUUGGGAAUCACAACUCCUGGUUGCCUUUCUCCUGUGUAUGUGUAAAUUCCUUAAUAAAUAUUGCAGGGAAGGA